AGUCAAACGAAUUUUUUUAUAGUCGUGAUCCGAGGUGUGGUGUUGAAGCACAGUCAAAGUGAGCGUUGUUUACGAUGGCGAAUAAUUUCGAAUUUUUUACAAUCCUUUUGUUUUUAACUACUCUUGCCAACGGUCAGCGUACCCCAACUAUCUCUCACAUAACACAAGAGCAGAUAAGGGAUAUCGGUAGUCAAGUUGACCUGGACUGCUCUGUCCAUUAUGCACAAGAUUAUCCUGUUUUAUGGGUAAAAUAUGAUCGCCUCAGGACAACUGAAUCACUGCCACUGUCCACAAACUCGGGACUGAUCAUCAGGGAUUCCAGAUUCUCACUGAGAUUUGAUGAUGCAUCAGCCACAUAUACCUUGUCCAUCAAGGACAUCCAGGAGACUGAUGCUGGAUGGUACCAGUGCCAGGUGCUGAUAUCUGUCAGCAACAGGAUCACGGCUGAAGUGGAGCUUCAAGUGCGCAGACCUCCCAUCAUUUCUGACAACUCCACCCGUUCCAUCAUAGCCAGCGAGGGAGAGAGUGCCCAAAUGGAAUGCUACGCCGGUGGUUUCCCGCCACCGAAGCUUUCGUGGCGUCGCGAGAACAACGCCAUUUUACCGACUGGUGGCUCCAUCUAUCGUGGCAACAUCCUAAAGAUCACCUCCAUCCACAAGGAGGACCGCGGCACAUACUACUGUGUGGCUGAGAACGGUGUGGGCAAGGGUGAUAGGAGGAACAUCAAUUUGGAAGUUGAAUUUGCACCAGUCGUCACUGUGCCUAGGCCGAGAUUGGGACAGGCCCUACAAUAUGACAUGGACUUGGAAUGUCACGUAGAAGCUUACCCUCCACCGGCUAUCACUUGGCUGAAGAAUGAAGUGCAGCUAUCCAAUAACCAACAUUACAGAGUCUCCCACUUCGCCACAGCUGAUGAGUUCACCGACACCACCCUUAGGGUGAUAACCAUCGAGAAGCGUCAGUACGGCCUCUUCACAUGCAAGGCGCAAAACAAACUUGGUACCGACGAAGGCACUGUGGAACUUUUUGAAACUAUAAUCCCGGUUUGCCCGCCUGCGUGUGGGCAGGCGCGCUAUGGCGGCGCCACUAGUGUUGGCGCGUCAGAGUUUGUUGUGGCGUUCCUUGCGCUCUACGUGCUUUGGCUGAGAGUCGCUUAUACCAGAUAUUAACUACUCCGGGCUAAGAUUGGAUCCAGACAUCUAUGGAAAUUCGGCGUCGCGGGCACAUAUCAUGCCGAUCGGAACAUUUCUUGUUGCAUAUCUUGAAUAUGGCGUAUGUAGAAAAUAAUUUAAUAACAAUAAAGAAAUCAGAACAUCCUGUAUAACAACUAUUUCUCUAUUCUAUGCAUCUGUCAUGUACUGUACUGAUCGUGAGUUCAGAACACAGAGUACCGUUAGUGUGAGUAGCGUGAGAUUUUCUACAGUGUUACACGAGUUGCGACAGUGUGUAUUUAACUGAUUGGUCUUUGUUUUAAAGUUCUAAUUCCUACACGUUUCUACAACAAUUGCUUGUAGUAAAACGUCUUAGACGUAGAUCUGAACCCCUAGUUAACUUAUCAAGUUAACUAACGUAACUGUAUAUUAGAGUAAACUAGACUAGCGAGCACGUCAAUCUCACACUAAGGGUGUUCUGUAUAUUUCCGCAAUUUUCGAAAAAACUUUCUAUGAGAUCCAAAAACGAAACCUUUGUACUUGUUACCACCAAUAAAUAAAUCUUAAUUGCAACUACGUACAAAUGAAUCUAGUUUAGAUAUAAUUAUUAUAUUUAUUUAGAGAUCGAGAUUUUCAUAUUCUAAAAAACAUUAAGAAAAUAUUAUAGUUUUAAGCCGUUCGUAAACGGCCUAGUAGUUUUUGUCAAUUUCUAGAUGUAAUUGUUUACCGAAAAGGAUAUAGUUUUUGAUUUUUCUCACCAAGGUGUAUUUUUUAUAGCCACCCCAGCUAGUUACACACACACAGCUAGCUAGUAGCUAGCAGCAGACAUUUUUCUCCCCGGGAAAAGACCAAACUGUUUAUAUUGUCCCAAGGCUUUGUCAACUCCACAAGCAAUGGCGCACGGUUACCAUCCGUGCGCCAUUGCUUGUGUUAACAUCGAAUUAAUAAACGGGGGUAAACUUCUUUGGUUCCCCGUUGGCUUGCUUUGGCAGAUGGACACGUGAGGGGAUAUAACUUCUGCUAACUGUGCAAGAGUGUUUUUCUAAGAUGGAAAUGGCAUAUUUUACGUGAAACCGUUUGGGUAUUGGGUAAAAUUAACUUAUAUACCCUUAACAGAUUAGCCCGCUAACUAAUCUUAGACUGCAUUUUAACUUACCACCAGGUGAGAUUGCAGUCAAGGGCCAACUUGUGGUGAAUUAAGAAAAAACAGCUAUCUCAAACAAUCAAUAUUUAGUUUUGCAUUUUACUUUCCUUUAUUUAUAUUAUGUUAUAUUCAUAGACAGCUUACCAUCUUCGAAUGAAUUUUUAUAUGUACCUAUUAAGAUUUAUUUUAAGGCAUUCCAAAAUGAUAGAUUUAAAUCUGAUUUAAUAUAAACAAAAUUAAUAUUACCCGAAAACGAAUAAAUCCAAAUUUUUGACGUAGGUAAGUACUAGGAUAAUAUAAAUCUAUAGAGAUAUUUAAGAAACCCCGUUUUAUAAUGUGUGUGUACUUUUGUAUAUUUUUGUAUCGAAUGCAAUAUACUAUAGCAAUAGUUUUAGAAAAAUAACUAAUACUAAAGUUUGACUGACAUUGGCACUACGUUUUUAAUUCUUGGACGAUAGGAAUCUCAGACUUUUACUUAAGGCGCUUUAAUAAACGUGCUAGUUUUAUUACAUAUCCUCUCUUUGCCAGUAAGUUCGCAUGUCUUAAAUUAAAAGAAAAACUCUUCAAUUAUUUUAUUGGUAGGCGACAAACUACAGGUUUUAUUUGCCACCAACUAUGUUGUAUAGAAAUUUCUAAACUAAAUUUAAAGAUCGAAAACUAUCACCAACCUUCUCAUAGCGUUUAGUGUUGAAAAGAAUAGCACUAUUUUGACAGCUGUCAUUUUAGUUAAGUUUGGAGAUUUGUGUACAACCGAAUCGGCACUAAUAUGACAGCACUAAAUAUAGCUUUCCUUAUUAUUAAUUUAUAAGUACUGAUAUUCGUAAAUUAUUAACAAAAGACUGGCCUCAUUCCAUUUUUUUGUGCAAGUUUUUGAAGACUUUCAAAUUGGAUGUGUUUUCCAUCCAUUUUAGAUAUAAUUCUAAAUGUUUUUUGUGUAAGUUUUUAAGAGUUAGCCCGUAUUGCUGGUAAGAACUGCGCGGUUUUGUUUCGCAAUUCUAUAAUCAGAUACAACGCACUAGUGAUUCCGGACGCGUUGCAGUGCGUUUAACUCACUAACACGUGUGUAUGGGUGUGUGUCAAAUAGAUUCUAAACUAGUCGGGCUAUCACCGACGAUAAGUGUCCUAAGAUGUGAUGAGCCGUUAAUGACACAUUUAAAAUUAACUUACUGACGACAGUUUAAAUUCCCUAAAACGGCCAAAACACGUGAAGAAAUUUAACCACAGAGUUAAAUCGCGUGAACGUUUUUCGCAGUACGGGCUAGCUAUGUGUAAUAUUUUUAAUAAAUUUUGAUCUGUUUUUCUAAGAAAAUAAUUGCCUUCUAUUUGUAUUUAUAUGAAUUUCUCAAAUAAGCUUAAUUCCCAAAUAGUAAAUUUAAUCAUUUGCUAAAUAAUAUUUAAGUUUCAAGUGUUUUAAAUACCCAGUUUAUAAAUUAAAUUUUCAUGCACCUUAGCUUGCAACCUUCAUAUGAAUUGUUUGCCAUAUCCAAUGUUAUAGUAAUUUUGUUGCAAUAAAGGUUUUGAUAAAA